CACGUGUUGGCUGGUUGCUUGUAUCGUCUUUUAGCUGCCCGUUAGCUUGAGAUCACCAACAAACCGCCCCGGAGCCGUAAGAAAACAGAGACAGCCAUGCCGAAAGCGAAGAAAGCAAGCAAGAGACACAGAUUCGACUACAACAAAGAUCGGAAGAAGCUGAAGAAGCAGUUUAUUAAGAAAUACAAGCCGAGGAUCGAACAUCCACAGAUCCGACAUGCCUGGGACGACAACAAGUCGACGGCCAGGAACCUGCAGGAGAUGGGUCUGACCUUCGAUCCCAAUCGAGCUCUGCCGGUGAAGAAGCAGAGGCUCAUCGGUGAAGACGGAGAAUCCAAAGCUGCUGCCGGUGUCGUCACCAAACCCUACAUCCUCAACCAUCUUCAGGAGGAAGCGAGUCUCCCAGAGAAAGACACCAAGACUUUAUCCUCGGACCUGAUCGAGUUUGUCCAGCACAUGAUCCGAGAACACAAAGACGACUACAAGGCGAUGGCCAGAGACGAGAAGAACUACUACCAGGACACGCCCAAACAGAUCAAGAGGAAGAUCAACGAGUACAAGCGCUGCCACUCGCAGCAUUUUGAUGAAUUCAUGAACUCACUCGUCCCGCAGCCGAUGGUGGAGUAGGAAAGAACCGGAGGCUUCACAUUCAGACUGUUUGGACAAACCCAACGGUGACGGACGUGCAGACGAUUCUUACUUUCAUUUUUACCAUUUUUUGCUGCAGGAAUUUUGUCCUGAAGUCGCCACCAGCUGUUUGUUCUGUUCUCAGAGUCAAACGUGGCUGAAAUGUCGUUUAAAUGCAUCAUUUGAACUCCUUUAAUCUCAUCUCGGAGUUUUUUUGUCCCUGCAGGAUGGAAAAUAUCUCCAGAUUCCAGAUCAACUGAAGGUCACGCUGUUGGACAGUUUGAGCCAAACAUCCGAGUUAAAUCACCAGAAAUCUGUGCUUUUCUUAUUGUUUCCUGAUGUUUUUACAGAUAUAUGAAUGUCCUACCAAACCCUUCAUACAUGUCUGGAUAUUCA